AUGGCGCCUCUCCUGCAAAAACUCGGGGUUGCCAUCGUCCUGGUCGUGUCGAGUGCCUCUGUAGGCCUCUCCAUCCUCAUGCUCUUCACACUGCGUCUAGUUAGCAUCUCCGUGGCCGACAAGUGCACCCCAGGAGGUGGUUGCACUGUGCCUUCCUGGGUCCGUGGAUCGCCCGAAGCCAAAAUAUUGCUGUGGGAUCGCAUGGAGACUGCUCGCCUCGCUGAGAUCAACGGGCGCUGGAUCCCUCUCACAUACGCAUGUAUCGCUUACAGCGUACUCGCCCUCGUCUACCUCCUCAUCUACCUGUACACGCAUGUUGUUGCCCCGCUGGAGAACAUCUGGACCUGGGCUGGGUGCGAUGCCACUCUCCAGUUCCUCCUUGGCGGGGCUGGCAUCGCCGUAGCCACUCUGCACCUGAUGGUACAUUGGAACUAUGGCUGGUUCGAUUCCGACAUCUUCUCGUCGCGAGCGUGUGACGAGUUUGGGCCAUAUUGCUCUCGGCAACACUCGCCCUUUCCGCAAGAGAUUCCCACCCAACACCGCCUCGCCCCAUCGUCUAGCAACCCCAACCGUCUCUCCGCAUCAAGCGACAUGAGCGCAAGUGACGCCAACCGCCUAUCGACCGGAAGCCUCGGAUCAUCUGGAAUCACGGCCCCCGCAUACCACUCCCAGCCGAAGAACCCCUCCCGCUUACGAGAGACAGUCAUCUAUUCCGCCUACGAUGCCCACAUGGCCGCCAACCCCGAGGAUUUCGAACCGGUCCGCGAUCCCGAGCGCGAUCCCGAUGUCCCGGUCCCUGACAAGUUGUGUGACAACCACUCGGACACGAGUCCGGCCAUCACCGUCACUCGACCAAACACCUCCUCACAAGGCCACGACCCACUUACCUCGAGCACCUGGCUGCUCGGGACCUUGGGGCACCGAUCUACUUCCCAUGCGUCCAGAAUCCGUGGUCGUAGCCGUCCCACGUCGCUCGUCUCCAACUAUUCGAGCCGCCCGUCCUCGUUCGCGGUAUUCGCAGCACUCGAUGACCUGCAAGAGGUUCUCGCAGCGCCAAGCCUAACCCCUGACGUGAUCCAGACCCUGCAGACACGCAUCGCUGCUCUCCACUUCCUCGCUCGUCCACCGGCUGAAAGCCUCCCACUUACGCCUCCACCCAGCGACGAUUCCACCCCAUCGCUUCCUGCUUUGUCUAUCCAUUCGGACUCGCAUAGCGCCCUUGACCCCUCGAGCCCUCGUAGGAGCCUUCCUCUCCGCGGUCGACACGCUCGCGCCUAG